AAUGGCUGCCGAGGUUCAAGAAUUGCGAGUUCCUGGUGAUAAAAGCAUUAAAAUCUCAAAAUGGAAAGUUCGGCAAGGCAGUCACAUAUCAAAGGGUGUGUUAAUGGCAAUGUACAAUACAGAAGAACAAGAAAAGGAUACAGUUCAGCAGAAAUUAAAGGCCCCAAACGCUGGGAUUGUGAAGAGAAUUAUAGCCAAAGAAGGACAACUCUGUGAACCAGGGUCUAUACUUGUAGAAAUAGGACCCCAGUCAGCAAAUUUAUGUUCACAUCCCACAGUAAUGAAAGAUAUGUGUGCAGAAUGUGGUGCUGAUCUCAGAUGUGAACUUGGACUAGCUGGUGACAGAAAGGAACCUGUAAAAGCCUCUGUGGCUAUGGUGCAUUGCAUACCAGAAUUGAUUGUCAGUGAAGAGGUAGCUUUAGAAUUGGGAAAAGCAGAUGAAAAUCGACUGUUGUCUUGCAGAAAAUUAGCUUUAUUGGUUGAUUUAGAUCAAACUCUAAUUCACACGACCAAUGAUGCUAUACCAAAUAAUCUCAAGGAUGUGUAUCAUUUUCAACUUUGGCAUGGUAGAAAACUUUUAUGGUAUCAUACGAAAUUCCGGCCUGGCACUAAAGAAUUUCUGGAAAAAAUUUCAAAGUUGUUUGAAUUACAUAUCUGUACUUUCGGUGUUCGAAUGUAUGCCCACACCAUUGCUCGAUUUAUUGAUCCUGAUGGCAAAUAUUUUUCUCAUCGUAUAUUAUCAAGAGAUGAAUGUUUUGAUGCCAUGUCAAAAACUGCCAAUUUAAAAGCAUUGUUUCCAUGUGGUGACUGUAUGGUAGCUAUCAUAGAUGACAGAGAAGAUGUUUGGAACUUCGCACCAAAUCUGAUUCAUGUUAAACCUUAUCAUUUCUUCCAAGGUACAGCAGAUAUUAAUGCCCCUCCUGGAUUGACAAAAACAGAGAAUGACAGUGUACCAGUGUCACAUGAAGUACGCAGAUCAAGUUCAGAAACACAGAAAUUAAACGAACCAGAAACAAUGAAAUCAGACGACCCAGAAAAGCAGAAAACAAACGAACCACAAACACAGAAAUCAGAGAAACCACAAACACAGAAAUUGGACGAACCAGAAGCGAUGGAAGUCGAAUCAGAUUCAGAUAGAAUGUCUACUGAUGGUGACAAAGAUUUAGUAAAAGACAACAUUAAUUCUUCUUCCAAUCAAAGUGAUGAAAACUCAAAUAAAACUGCCGCAGAUAAUAAAAAUUCUCUGCAUUCGGACAAUUCUGUUGCAGACAUAUCUAAUUCAAAGGGAAAUAACUCUGAGCAGUCUACUACCUCCACAACAGAUGAUAAAUCGAAAGAAACCAUUAAAUCACAGAACAGUGAAGAAGAAGUGGAGGAGAUAGAAUGGGUAGAUGAUGAUGAUUAUCUUAUUUAUUUAACAGAUAUUUUAACGCGAAUUCACACAGCUUAUUAUGAUGUUUACGAUCAAAUGAAGGAUAAGGAGGACAUGUCAGAAUUACCAAACAUUAAGAAUAUCAUUCCAUAUGUCAGACGAAAAGUUCUUAAGGGUGUGAACAUUGUCUUUAGUGGUGUUGUACCGUUAAAUAUGGCCCCUGAAAAAUGUAGGGCCUACAUUAUUGCUAAAACAUUAGGUGCUAAUAUUCACACGAACAUUAUUUCUCGUAAAGAAAAUCCUGAAGAGGCAACAACCCAUCUAGUGACGUCAAAAGCUGGGACUGCUAAAUAUAAACUUGCUAGUAAAAUGAAGAACAUUUGUAUUGUUAAUCUGGAUUGGUUACUGUGUUGUUCGUACAGAUGGGAGCGAGUUGAUGAACGUUUGUUUCCCGUCUCAGAUGACAGUGCGGGUUCGUAUUGUGACAGUCCGAUAACAAAUGCUGAAAGUCUAAGAAAACUAUCCAAAAAACAGAAACGGAAAGCUGAGGACACUGACAAUGUUUUUGGUAGCGAGAACAUUCAAGAUUCAAAUUCUUUGAAGCGUGCUAGGAAAGAUGAAGGCAUGGAAGAGGAUGCUCAAAACAAAUCAAGAUUUGCCACCAGUUUUAACCCUCUCUUUUCUUUCUCUGAUGAAGAUAUUGAAUGUAUGGAUAAAGAAGUUGAAGAUUUAAUGGACGAUGAUGAUGAAGAUGCUUCAGAUGAAGAUGAAGUAGAUCGCCAUGAGCGUGUUCGUAAUCAAGUCCUCAGCAACCCUCCCGAAGAAUCCUCUACUGAUGACAGUUUAGAUGCCAACUUUCCCCGAGGCUGGAAGAAAAAGACGCAAUCGGAAGUUGAUUGCAUAGAAAAAGUUAAAGAAGAGGACAGCGAUGCUCCCGUCCCUGAUGAGGACUCUGAAAAUGAAUUGGACAAAUAUCAGAAAAAUUUAGAAGCCUUCUCUCCAGAUUCCAAUAUGAGUGACUCAGAUAAGGAUUCUAUAGGAUCAGUUGAUGAUGAAAUAGCCGAUGCUGUGGAAAAGGAAUUUCUUUCAAUGUUAUAAGUUUAUUAUAGUCUUUUUCAUCUUAAAUCUUAGCCUCAGUAUUUUGUUACAAUGCUUCCUUGAGUGCUAUUUUACAUAUUUCAACAUUUUGUGUUAUGUGAUAGUUAAAACUUGCUGAUGAUACUAUGUUUGUUCUUCAUAUAGUUAUCUGAUUGAUUGAUCAGGAUGAAAGUGUUUAUAUCUACAGAAAGGCAUACAUGUAGUGUGCCUCAUUUCUGUAUUUCAUUUAAAUUUGCAUGUACGUUUUAUCAUGUUUAUUAAGAACUUUAAAGCAUAACUGUUUCAGAUCAUGCCAGGCAAACAUAACAAUAUACAUAUAAUUUCCAUUGUAUUAUAUAUGUAAAAUAUGUGAUUUUGACAUGAGUCAGUGGCAGCAGAUCAUUUCUAUUUGACUAGAAUCUGUUUUAUUUAGUUCAAUCUGAAAUUAAUUUGGAAUUCCCAGAUUAAAGUGUAUCUCAAACAAGAUUUAAAAUCAUUUAUUUAUAAAAGUGUUGUUUUCAUUGUGUCUCAGUAUACUUUAUCAGUUAGGAAAAUUACAUUCAUUCAGCUGUCUAUAAAGAUUGUGUAUGUUGUUGUAAUGUCUCCAUCCAUCACAAGAGUAAUUAGUGUAGUUACGUAAUGUUUUAUUAUAUGAAUUUUUAUAUAUGAUUUAUUACUACCUGUACUAACCAACUGAUUAAUGUUUUGUGUCUUACCUAAAAUAAUUGGGGGGUUGCAUGGCUGAAUGGUUAGCGUGUGACCGUUGUAUCAUAAAGUCUGUGAUUGAGUCAACUGGCGUGGUUUUGAUUCCCUGGUUGUAUGUGUAGGGUCGCCUGUCCAACCUUGUGGGUUUUCUCUGGGUCCUCCGGUUUUCUUCCACUGCUAAAAACCCCUAUACGCAAGCGAAUUAUUGAAAUAAAAUUAAACCAUUCGUUAGUCCUGAAAUGACCUAGUAUGUGUCGAGUGGACGUUAAACCCCAUUUGUCUCUCUCUCCCUAAAAUAAUUGACAUGUUUUAUUUAGGCAUAGCUGGUCAGAGAGUGAUGUAUAAAAUCAUUACAAAAAUUAUAAGUUAAAAAGUCUAUACUUCAAUAUAGCUGGUCAGAUUUAUCACAAAUUUUGCACAGGAUCUAAUAAUAUGAACAUCCUUGAUAUAACCAUCUGGUGAAGACCACAUUAAAGACAGUGUUAUUGUAAUUAUUAAAUCUUUGUAUGGAAUAAACAUAUACUUUGUUACGACUAUCAAUAGCCUACUGUGUAUCUUUCGAAUUCAAUAUUUAAAAUAUCAUGUUCUUUAAAUUAGUUUAAAAUAUGUGUCUUUAUGUAUUUAACAAAUAGUGUGAUUUAAGAUAGACUAAUGGUGAUAAAUUGUUCUGACUUGCGUAGAUUCAAGGAUAUGUUUUUAUAAGAGUAAGGUUUAAGAUAUUUGGCUGUAUGUCACUAUAGAAUCAUAUACUCACUGUUAUUUAUGGAGUAAGAUUACAUUUUUAAAUUUUCUAACUCUACAUCUCAAGUUUUUAUUACUUGAGGCUAAAUAUGGAAUAUACAGGGUAUGUCCAAACAUAGUAGUCGUUAUGCAAUAAGUAAUACAUGCACAGCCCAGCUUAACCAAGAGCCAAAUUGCCCGAGGGCCCUGCAGAUCAUGGCAAAAAAAGAAAAAAACCCUAUUAAAUUCCCGAUGAAUGUUCCACUCAUCGAACUAGCAGCACGAUGGGUGUAGGCGGGGUGAAUCUGCGAUCCCUCAACCAUCUCUGUGAUCGGUUGAAACCUGUGAUGUAGGUGAUCGCUCGUAUGCUAAUUAUGAGCAACUUUUCCUAGGCCCUCACCAGUCACGUACACUACAACACUUUUGAUUCAACUUGCUAUAACAGUUCUGCUCCAUUAUAUUUCAUUUUCGCGCCUAUAUGCCAUUUGGAACUGAAUAGAUUUCCUAUUUGAUCAGAUAUGUAAUUUCUUCUUGUACUGCAGACCGUUUAAUUGUGUGUUACACAUGCGUUCCAUUUGAAAGGAUAUAAAAUAAUCUUUUCGUAGCGGUAGGGGCCCUGCAAUUCUAGUCUGGCCCAGGGCCCCACUAUUGCCCAGGGCCCCACUCUAGUUUGUCCUUUUCAUUCCAAUGCAACUACAAAAAGAUGCUGUUUGUUAUUGGAAUUUGAAAUAUCGUCUCUAUUCUUGCAAAGAAAUUCUAUAAUUGUUAUGAAUAUAAUGUACUUAAAGACCACUUCUUGUUUUACCCCACUGAAUACCCAAACUUUUACUUUAUUUUUUUAAUAGUUUUGUUAUUUCUUUUUUCAGUGUUAACAUUUGAUUCAUUGUGAAGCUUCUUGUUAUGUAUUUCCCUUAUCAUUGUUUGUAUAUAUUGAAUAGGAAAAAAACCCAACCUCAAAACAAAAUUAUCAUAUCUUCUUAAAUUUUAGUUUAUUAGAAGAAUUAUUAGAACUCAGGAAAGUAGCAAAAUUAUGAUUCAGCCAAAAACACAUUAUUUUAUAUUUUGUAGUUGUAAUAUUUUUGAUUAUCACUUGUUAAUUUGUUAGAAGAUUUGCAUAAUAAUGCUACAUGUUUCACACCUGAUAUACGCAUCAUAAUAUUUGUUCAUACUGAUCAAAUUAUUUUACUUCACCACAUCAUGAUCUAUUAUUGUAUAUAGUUGUUGCUGAAUGUAAAACUUGCCUUUUAUUAAAUUCAGUUACUUACAUGUACUGUAUCAAGUUUGAUUGGUUUAAGACCUGCA